AUGGCUCUCUCCGAUAGAAUGCGCGGAACUGUGCAAAGCAUCAUGCCGAAAGUUGCUACUCAAGUCGCUCAACGAAGCUCGAAAAAUCCUCCCAUCGACUUUGGCACGGCUGAGAACUGGCUGAUACGAGAAGAGCUCGUAGACUUUUCGAAAAACGCGAUACAAGAAAAUCUCACCGAGCAAGAGUUUUCAUACCAAAAGGGGUUCUCGGGCGAUCCAAGACUCAUCGACUCCCUUGCAGGCUUAUUCAACAGGUCCUUCGCGCCCGUUCACCCUGUUGAAGCCGCUCACAUCUCCGUCGGGCCCGGAGGAGCUGCUAUGCUGGAGUCCCUUCUAUUCAGUAUAUGUAGCGCGGGAGAAGAAAUGCUAGUGCUGGCGCCAUUUUGGAGUGGAUUUCAUUUCCAAUUCAGCGCGGGACCAAAAGUGAGAAUCAUACCCGUCAUAUCAGCGGAAGAGAACGUUCUGAGCGAGAAAGUCGUUGACGACCUCGAAGAAGCUUUUGCAAAAGGCUCCAAGAUCAAGGGUGUAGUCCUCUGCAACCCACAUAACCCUUUGGGACAGUGUUACCCACGAGAGGCGCUGGAAGGUAUCGCCAAGUUCUGCGAGAAGCAUGAGCUACACUUGAUCUCCGAUGAGAUCUAUGCUCUAUCGAUGUUCCAGUCGAAAGAUAUCCCGGACCCGAUUCCAUUCGUGUCUAUGUUGAGUAUCGACCUGGCUAGUCUUGGUGUUAGCCCAGCGAGGGCUCAUAUUAUCUGGAGUUUGAGCAAAGACUUUGGAUUGAGUGGCUUGCGAAUGGGAGCCAUGGUCAGCCAACACAACCCUGCAAUUGUGUGUGCCGUGGCCAUUACAGCCAACACCCAAGUCUCCAGUUUGACAGCCAUUGUUGCAACUGCCCUCCUACAGGAUAGCCCUGUAAUGGAUCAAUUCGUAUCGAUGAGCCGCGAACGGCUAUCAGUCGCAUACGCCACCAUGACAGAACAGCUCCGCGAGCUGGGAAUCCGCUACAUUCCCGCGUGCGCGGGAAUCUACAUCUGGGCAAGGUUAUCGAGCCAAGUCACUUCCUGGGAACAAGWGGCGCRGUUGGCGGCUGUGUUGGCGGAGAAGAAGGUUGCUGUUAGUUCGGGGAAAUCUUAUUCUGCGAGCGAGCCGGGCUGGUAUCGAUUGAGCUUUGCGCUCAAGGAUGAUCAGCUUCAGGAGGGUUUGAGGCGGUUGGUGUCGGGGAUCGAGACUUUUGAGGUUGUUGACAGCCACAAUGAUUCACCUCGCCAGAGCUGA